GAAAGCAGAGCAUUUGUGUACAUUCAAUCUGGAUGAAGAAGGUUGAACUGCUUUAGGAAGUAGAAGAAACAAUACUGAUUAAGACAGUGUACUUCCACAACUAAUACAACAUACUACUACAUUCUGCAUUUGGUUCAGCACAAUUAAGGAACUAUGUUUGCUGGGCGAAGACGUGGUGGUCAGGGCAAUUUGGGAGUCCUACUGCUGGGAGCCCAAAUGAUGAGGAUGGGGAUCCAUACUAUCCCUGCUGUCACCUUGGCAACUGUGGUUCUACAGGUUGCUAUAUUCCUUCAGUUGGGCGACCUUCCAAGGUGGUUUGGUCCUCCCCGGAGUGUCUGUAUGAGUGCUUACAAGGUUUGGUAUAAAGGAAACUGGAAACUUUUGAUACUGGCCUCUCUUACACAUGCAGAUGAUAUACAUCUAUACUACAAUAUGGCAUCAAUGCUGUGGAAAGGGAAACAACUGGAAAACAGAUUUAAAAGCUUGUACUUUGCUUUUCUUUUAGCUGUAUUCACAAUACUUUGUGGCGUCGUCCUAAUAGGUCUGAAUAUGGCUUUGACUUUUUUCACUGAUGACCAGUCGUACGAGUUAACAUGUGCAGUUGGAUUCUCAGGUGUGCUGUUUGCCCUGAAAGUACUGGUGAGCUACUACAGUCCCCGAGGGACCCAGUACAUAUUGGGUUUCAUCCCUGUUCCUACCCGCCAUGUCUUCUGGGCAGAACUGGUCCUCAUACAAAUCAUAACGCCACAUGCAUCAUUUACAGGACACCUGGCAGGAAUUCUGGUUGGUCUACUGUACAUAAAAGGACCGCUGAAGACCCUCAUGGAUAGCUUUGUACCCACAGCACCUUCCUACACAUACACUGCCCAGAGAAGUGGCUACAAUGCCAGGCAUUCAUAUGGAUCAGGACCUGGUCAAAGAUCUGGCUACAGAGAUCCAAACCAACAGCCUCGGGGGACACCUAGAGGAUAUGGCUGGAAUGUAGAUGGGAAUGCCCCUGGGGAAGGGGACAACGCCCCAGGGGGAAGGGACUACAGUUACUACACAGGGGGACUCAGCGAGGAGGAGCAGACAAGACAAGCCACAGAGCAGAGUCUCAAUCGGAACAGAGGUGAAAACCAGGAGAGGCUGUACCCAGAUUUAGAAGAUUUACGACAGAGACGUCAGAACAGAUACCAAUGAGACAUUGAAGAGACACAAUUAGGACUAACAAUUUAAGUGAGACACUAGAUAUUCACAUCAGGGAGUCGGGACUAUAUAACAGUGUAUCCUCAUCUUGUCAGGACAUAUCAACAUUGUGACUGGUGCUCAAUCUAACACAGGAAAUGGUACAUUCAUCGUCAUCAUUCUCAUUCAUACCAAAGGAAAGGUCUUUGAAUAGAUCAUCAUUCAUCUGUUAUUAUUCACUAAGUGAGGAAAACCAUGCAUUUGAAUUGUACAUACUACUUGCCAAGCUACAUAACCUGUUCAUUACAUGUUCAUUAAAGAUUUUCUUUCAUA